CUCCGCCGCAACAGCAACCCAGACGUCAUUGCAUAUCCCAUUUUCAUUUCUGUAGCGUUCCAGCGAUCAGUAGUAGCAUAUCCUCAUAAUGAUGUCCUCAGCGAACGAGGAGGAUCCAUUCCUCCAGGUUCAAGCAGACGUUCUCUCAGCACUCAACACAUCGCGUCCACUAUUCAAGUCCUACCUGCGUAUUCGAUCCUCAGCGUCUUCCGCAAACAGUCCAGAGCUCCGAGAAGCCCGCCAGGAGCUCGAACAGACCCUCCAAGACCUCAGCCAAGACCUCGAGGACCUCGUCGAAAGCGUCAAAGCCGUCGAACAUGACCCCUACAAGUUUGGUCUUGAGAUCGACGAGGUGGAGCGCCGCAGGAGACUGGUGAAGGAGGUGGGCGACGAGAUCGAGAACAUGCACGAGGCGCUGCAGCAGACAGUGCAGGACGCGCAGAAGAAGGGCAACAUGCUGCCGGACCCUGACUCGUUUGAGCAGGAUGAAGACAACUAUGCGCAGUUCGAGCAAGAGCAGCAGAUGCAGAUCAUGCAUGACCAGGAUGAAGCUCUUGACGGCGUCUUUCGCACUGUUGGCAACCUGCGCAUGCAAGCUGACGAUAUGGGUCGCGAACUAGAAGAGCAGGGCGAGAUGCUGAAAGACGUUGAUACAGUAGCCGACAGAGUGGGUGGCAAGCUGCAGACGGGUAUGAAGAAGGUCGGCUUCAUCAUCAGGAAGAACGAGGACAAGUGGUCGAGCUGCUGCAUUGCGGUUCUUGUCUUCGUCCUGAUCCUACUUCUGGUGUUGCUCCUCAUACUUUGAGCACUUUGUGACCGGGUACACAUCAACAUCGACCGUUCGCUGCACUAGGACCUGCAGAUGCGUCACAUCGAGCCCGGAUCUACCCUGUCCAUUGACAUGCGUCACCGAAGCCUAGUCUUGAACGGUACCAGGAUUUCAGUGCCUAUGGUAACUGUCUCGGACAUUUAUUGGCACUGUCAACGUGCCUGAGUGCAGUCGGGACACCUACUAGGGGGAUGUGCUUGCCAUAGCACAGCGCAGUUAGCCCGUCGUCUGGGCCGCGACUUCCACAAUGAACCCCAAACCCCGCCACCUGCGCAAGCACGAGGUCAAACGCGACUGACAACGAUUCACCAUAUGGUUCGAUGAGGAGUUAGCGCGUUGGUAAAGAGGCAGUCACGUCCCCCGC